AUCCCAAGGAGAGGAAUGUUGGAGUGCUGUGUUCAUGUAGACAAGCUGUUUCUUAGUGGUUACAAGUCCUAGCAGUAUUGUACAAUGAUAUGCCCUUGGCUUCCUUGGACAGAAACCUUUUCUGGUAUGUUUCAGGGUGGGCAUGCUUAUGCUAGCUGCCUCGUGUACAGAAGAGCAGAGCUCGUGGUGUCUGCUUAGUAGAUGAAUGAGGCUGUUUGCUUUGCAAGGCAGCUUGCUAAUUUUGUAGUCUAGGUAAAUCAAGCACUGCCAAAUACUAAGUGCGGUGUUCUCCCUAUCCCAGGCAAAUCUCGAGCACAGUUACUUGUCAGGGGCCUAUUACUCCGCUGGAGGGUUUUCCUUUUUGCUGUUUGCUGGGACACGUGCCAUCUUUCUUAAUUCUUUCUUGCCCAACCUCUUCUGACUGCAGUUUCACUUUCUGUGGAGGCCACUCAGCCCUGCCAACAGCGAAACCUGCUGAGCCAAGCUACUUCUGCUCUUCGGUAGGUGGGGCUGAGGAAGUUGCCCCUGUGGCAACUCUCUGUAGCGCAAUAUAGCAGCGAGGCUGACGGUGCUGCCAAAACCAACGCUAUGCAAUGAGGGUUGCCUGCCCAGCUCUGAUCUAAGCAAAAUUGCAACACUCCAAAACUAGCUCUAACCAUGUUGUUGGUGCGGUUGUUCCUGUCAUCUGUUCUGUAGCUGCUUGGUCUCUGCUAACACAGCACUGGGAAACUUCAACAGCGUAGGCAAUACUGAGUGGUGCACAUCUUGACAAGGUCUCCUAGCAACCUUUUCUGUAGGGCUGAAUGACAGCAGGAGCGGCCGGGUAAAUCGAUGAGCUUGCCUUGGGAGCCUAUAAAUAGGCAAAAUCAGAACACACAAUGGGUCAGAAGGUCACAGGUGGGAUAAAGACUGUGGAUAUGAGGGACCCUGUAUACAGGCCAUUGAAACAGGAACUCCAAGGACUCGACUACAGCAAACCCACACGUCUGGACCUGCUACUGGACAUGCCUCCGGUAUCAUAUGAAGUCCAGUUAUUGCAUUCCUGGAACAACGAUGAUCGCUCGCUGAAUGUAUUUGUGAAAGAGGAUGACAAACUCAUAUUUCACCGGCAUCCGGUGGCUCAGAGUACAGAUGCCAUCAGAGGCAAAGUGGGAUAUACACGAGGACUGCAUGUGUGGCAGAUCACGUGGGCAAUGAGGCAGCGAGGCACGCAUGCUGUGGUCGGGGUGGCAACAGCAGAUGCCCCACUGCAUUCAGUAGGGUACACGACACUUGUAGGAAAUAACCAUGAAUCUUGGGGGUGGGACCUUGGGCGCAACAGACUAUACCAUGAUGGCAAGAACCAGCCAAGUAAAACAUAUCCUGCCUUUUUAGAACCAGAUGAAACUUUCAUUGUGCCGGACUCCUUCCUGGUGGUUCUGGACAUGGACGAUGGGACACUGAGCUUCAUUGUAGAUGGGCAAUACAUGGGUGUUGCGUUUCGGGGACUCAAAGGGAAAAAGCUAUAUCCAGUGGUAAGCGCAGUGUGGGGACACUGUGAAAUACGGAUGCGCUACUUGAAUGGACUUGACCCUGAACCACUGCCUUUGAUGGACUUGUGUCGGCGAGCUGUGAGGCUUGCUCUGGGCAAGGAAAGACUGAAUGAGAUCCCUACACUGCCACUGCCAGCCUCCCUCAAGAGUUACCUGCUCUACCAAUGAUCUUCAUGUUCAAGGAUAGAGAGUUGGAACCAAGGCAAAAUACCAGAGCUGACCCACUGAGCAAUGGGUUCUCCACCCUCGUGUCAUCGCUACUGUUGGAACUCCUUGGCGAAAGUAUUCCUGCCGCUGCUUAAGUCUCCAUGUGCCCUUAUUGGCAAGCUCUCAAGUAAUCCUUGUUCCACAACUGAGUGUUUCGUUCUUUGGAGGUCACUUCCCCAGCACGCUUACAAAAGGAACGUUCCAGAAGCUCUGGGCUUCCCUGCUUCUCCUGAGAAAAGGCUGUACUGCAUCCUUUGGGUUGUAGAGCCUAGGAGUGGAUGAUUUUUCUGUACCAGCUAAAGAGAAGAACACAAUUUGUGGGGAGGGAAGGCAUUAGGAGUGGGAAUCUUAAGACCAGGUCCUGAGAAUGGAAAGGCACAGGGUAGCCAGCAGAGUUGGGAAGAGUCUGGAAUACCAAGAAUUAAUUGCUGAGCUUUUAAAAACAAAAAACAAACAAACAAAAGACAAAAUAGAACCCCAAGCCCUGAAACACCAAAACCAAGAACCCUUCUACCAGGACACUUAUUAAUUUGGAGAAGGUGGUUAUGUUGCUGAUGUCUCUAUCUCUGCCAGGGCUUCUUACCAUGUUCUAAUGUUAUUUCAUAGAGUGAAUGCUGCGUUCUUGUUUGUCACCAUUGCUGUCUCAGUUCUCCUGCUCCAUUCUCUGUUCUGCCUCUUCUGAGUGGGUUUGACUCAGUUGAUUGAGCAGUCAUACUGUAUCUUCCCCUGCCCUCUUCUUCCUGACUUAAAACCCCAGGUUUUAGUCUGGGAUCAGGGGUUCCUUCCUGAUGUGGGGACAGGGAAGGGACGAACUUCUCCUGCAAUAGGGUGAGACGGGCUGUAUGAGCUGAGAUUUCUUACACAGCUUUAGGUCCUGCUCUCUUAGGUCUGCUUUCUGUGUAGCCUGUUCCAUAUUAAGGCUUUAGAGAAACAUACUAAUGUGUUUCUGUAAUAGCCCUGCCAGGGAAUUAUCUUCUUAGAUAAGCUGCUUAAAGUCAUCCAAACCAGGCUUUGUUCUGUCAUAGACCAUCAACAUAAUCUCCACUUAACUAUGCAGCAGAAAUAGUUCUCUGUUUCUUGCUUGGGGGUGGGAAGUUGUCCCAGAGAAGAUGGGUCCCAGUGUGUCACAGUGUGGCUGCAGAAGUACCAUCAGCUGAUGAGAAAUCCAGGAGGUGAUUGCUGCAGAAUGUAAUUUGUGAGACUUUAACAGAGGCCAGUGGGGUGAUCUUAAGGCACAGCAAGAAGAAACUGAACCUCUCCAGAGCUGGGGGUGGGGACAGGAGAGAACUGCAAUAAACAGGACAAGUGAUUCAGGCAAAAUCAGCACAACCCAAAUAGAUUCUCGCCUCAGUAGCCAAGUAAAGAGGAUGACACUCCUUUACUAGCAGGGGCUGCUCUCUUGACCUCUUCACAGGUUACUAUGCUGCCUUUCUGGGGUUAUUUUGCACAUUUCUUUUGUCUUGAAAAAUGUUUGUGUGGUUGGUUUUUGCUCUUGAGUUAUCCCUUCAGUUCUGUGUAGGUACAAAUGAGUUUAGUUGUUGAAAAUGUUAAUAUAUAUAUUUGUGGUGUAUGUAUAAGAACAUGUUUUAAACAGCUGCUGUAGGGUACCUUUUUUAAAAUAAACUACUUGCAUAGUAUAUUUUUUAAAGCACAGAAUUGGUGCCAAGACUGGGUGGGGUGUGAUGUGCCCCUUUUUUAAUCUAAUAUUAUAUGGGUUUUUUUUAAUGUAGGGAUUUGUACUAGCUUCUGUUAUGGGGUGGGACACAAGAAAAUUGAGUGUGUAUGGAGCCCUACUUGGUUGCCUUCAACUUGAACCAGUGUCUUCCAGAAGUCUGGGGAAGCAGCUGUGUUCUCCCUACUUCUAAUGCUCUUUGUGCUCCCUUGUUUCCAUCUCUUCUCACUUCACCAGUACGUUGCUUUGUACAGUUUUAAAUUCUGACUUUCUAUUUUAUGACUGUAGAUAAUACUCAGUAACCUAAUAAACUUUAUUAAGUAUUA